UAGUCGCAAAUUCGGAUGAAGACGAGGAAUGGCCUUCUGAACUUUUACAACUUAGAAGUAAAUUUACGGAACAUUAUGAAAAAAAAAUAAUGGAUAUGUCAGCUGAGCAUACAAAAGAAAUCGCCAAAUUGAAAGAAGAACAUAUAAGAAAUUUGAACAGAGCUAUUAAAAGGCGAAGUUUAAAAGAGAACAGUCUUAUUCAAGAGGAAUUGGAUAUUUUGCAAGAGAGAGAUAACUUACGAAAAUGUACUUCAAUUCUACGUAUCGUAGUGACACACUUGAUGAAAUAUUUUUCUGAAUGUGAGAACGAGCUUAACAAUUCACUAUUAGAAGAAAUAUUAAAAAGAAAUUUGCAAAGCAGCAAGUCCGUCGAUUUUGACGACAAAUUGUCAGUACAUUUUUCAUCAAGUUCAUGUUCAAAGCGAGUUCAUAUAACACCUAAUGUAACUGAAAUUCUGGCAACAAUAGAUGAUUCAAUUCCUCUCGUCGACGUGAACAUUAAUGAAUUGUCAGUAGAUUUAGAAAAUGAGUUGUCAGAAUGCCUCGGUAAACUUAGAGACGAAGCAAACGACAUAUUAGCGUUAACAGCAAGUAUACACUCAAAUAGAAACAAAAGCAUCACAAUAAAUGAAAGAAUUUCGUCUUUAACUCGACAGCCACUUGAUGAAAAUACACUUAAAGAGGAUUUAACUGAGAAGCUUAAUGAAACUGAAAAGUAUGUAAGAAGUCUGGAAAAUGAAAGAAUUAAUUUAGAUAACCAUAUUGAGCAACUUCUUGAAAAGCAGCGAGUGUUAGAAAAUGAUUUAAUGUACGCCAAAGAAAAGAUUGCUCAAAUGAUGGACAAGGAAGUAGUUUCUGAAGGUUAUGGAGAGAUAGAUGAAUGUUAUGUGUCUAAUUUCGGCGAGGAGGUAGUAUCAUUUAACGAAGUUCAAGAAAAGGCAAGAGCUGUACUCGGUGAAGAUUCUCCUGAUUGUAACAGACUAAUGCAGUUAGUUGAAGAUCUAUGCAGGGCAGGAGAAAAACUUAAAACAGAAGCCCAGAAAGAGCACAUUGAUUUAAAGCAACAAGUAGAUAAAGUACCGCCUUAUCGUGCACUGAGUAGGGAAAAGAUCGAGGCUGCUGAUAAGAAAAUUCGAGCUACCGCUAAAUUUUUGGAAGAACAAGCAUCUGAGAGAGAACAAGAAAGAGAUGAAGCCCUAAAAGAGAUAAUUUUGUUAAAAGAUCUACUUAAGGAAAGAGAAAGAGACAGAAAUAAUUGCGAACAAAUCAACAAAGAGGUGGAACAUUUGGAGCACCAAAUGCGCGAAAUGUCGAAAUUGGUGGAAGACAAUGAAUCACGUACAAAAGAAAUAGAAUUAGAAAAAGAAGAAGCAAUUGAUAAGAUUUGUGUUUUGCGUGACAUUAUUCGCGAUCUUGAGGUUCAAAUUGAAGCAAAAACAGCAACAGAGAAAGAGUUGAAACAAUUGGUCGAUCAAUUACAGCAGAUUAUCGAACAACAGAAUAAAUCAAAUGAAGAUUUACAUCAACAAUUGAACUCUAUGCAAAAUGUUGAGCACAUUCAAGAACAUGUCGAAAAGCUUGAAAAUGAAAUGCAAAAUUUGAGACUUAAUGCGGAGCUCAUUGGGAAGGAGGGUUUGUUGCACCAAAUAAAAACAGAGUUAACCGAUCUUGAGGUGAAUUUAGAGAAGCGCACCUGCGAUUUAGAAGCAUUGCACGCAGCAGUUUCAGGUACUAAUUGUAGUUCACCGUCAGAAGAUAUGUCCGUAAGGGACCAGAUUCGACCCCGUGCACCAUCAUUAACGCUUGAAGAAUGUCACAUUCCUUUACAGCAGUUAGCAAGACUAAAGGAAAAACUUCUGGUUCAUUCUAGAGCUGAAGAUGCAGCAAUGAAAAAGAUAAGAGAUUUGGAAAUGCAAUUAGAUCAUAUUAAACACGAAUUGGAGGAAUCCCAAAAUGAAAAAGAUAUUCUUCAGGAUCAAGUUUCUCAACAGCUUAUUCUCAUAUCGAAUUUACAAAUGCGCCUAGACGAGCAACGCUUGAGAACUGAACAAGUCCAAAAGCAGAAUAAUACAUCAUUGGAAGUACACAUAUAUGAUCUUGAGAAUGAGAUACAAACAUUAAAAGAAAUUAUUCAAAAUCGGGAUAAAACCAUAAAGCAUCUUACUACCAGUAUUGAACAGACGAAACAAAGAUUGGAAGACAGAGAAAAAGAACUCUUAGCAAAAACGGAAGACAUAGCAUACGUGGAACAACAGAAACAAAUAGAAAAAUUACAAGAAGAAAAUGAGCACCUAAAAGUAAAACUAAAUUGUGAUAAUAAAAAUGCUCAAAUACUCCCAAGUCUUGUUGAUAAUAUAAUAGCAGAUAAAAAUAAGGAUAUCGACAUGUUAAGAUCAAAAUUGAAUGAUACGCAGAGAGAAUUAGAAUCUUUUUUAUCUCUUAAUCUCGAUAAAGAGCAGCUGAAAUCGCUGAGUAGUAUAAAGUCUUCUGAACAGGCAGUUAGUGAUCUACUUUCCCUUACUAAUAAUAAAGAACUGGAACAAGUACGUAAAGCUGAACAAUUAAUUGCAAAUAUUACUACUGAAAAUUUACCUAAGCCUAUAUUUAAGCGCAAUAACAAUGAAACAGUAAUUUACAUGAGCCAUGAAGAGUCUAAACCUAAAAUUUCAGAAUUCGAUGUGAAUAUUUCAGAAAUCGAACACAUUGGUCGUGUCAAUGUUGAUUAUACAAAUGAAGAUAUGUCUUUAAUUAUGCAGUCCCAUUCUACUCAACUCUCGCAUAUACCUGAAAAGAAGCGUGUUCAUUUUAGUAAUACUGAGGAUUAUCCAGAAGUAGAUCAAUUAAAAAAAGAAAUUUCUGUACGGGACGAAAUAAUAAAGGACUUCACAGAACGUCUUAAAAUAUUGAGUAAUCUGGAAAUCAAUCUAGAAGAUUUGCAAGUAAAACUUGAAGUAACUGAAAAUUUGUUGAAACAAACAACAAGUAAUUUUGAACUUGAGACUGAACGAUUUUCGGAAAUAGAAAAAGAUCUUCGUUCUAAAUUACAUCAGAACGAUAAGGAGUUAAUGGAAAAGAACAAAGAACUCAUCUUAAUAUCAGAGGACUCUAAAAGAAAAGAUGAAAUGUAUUUGAGUUUAGCCGAAGAAAAACGCAAUCUAGAAAAAAAACUAGAUGAAAUUCAAAACCAAAUUAAACAUUGCACAACCUUGAACGAAAUGAUAGAGAAACAGAAAAAGCAUAUAGCUAGUUUAGAGGCCAAACUAGCCCAGAUGCAAGAUUUAGUGGUUAACUUGGAAGAUGAAGUAGUAAAUACUCAAAAAGCAAAAGACAAAUUGAACGAAGAACUUACAGCUAAAGCUCAUGAAGUUGAAAACAAAACUGAAGAAUUAAAAACAACUAAAGCAGAGCUUAUUUGCACAAAAGAGCUAAAUGAAAAACAAGGUAAAGAAGUAACUAAUAAAGAAAAGGAAAUAUACUCUCUCAUGGAAGAUUUAAAAGAAUUCAAAUACAAAGUUGAAGCCAAAGAAAAUCAAAUACUAGAAAUCCAAAAAAAAUAUCUUGAACAGCAAAAAUCGUUAAAUAUAGCAGAAGAAAAAUUAAAAGAACUACAAUCGUUAUUAAAUAACCGUGAAACUGAGAUAGGCAGCUUAAAUAAAGAAAUUAACCGUUUUCACGAACAAAACGAAAUUCUUGGAAAUAAAGAAGUAUUCCCUGAUCAUAUAAAAGACUUUCAAACCUUGAAAUUAAGCAGGGAGAUUGCUGAAAAGGAUCUAAAAAUUGUUAAGUAUAGUUCCGAAAUUGACGACUUAAAAUAUGAAAUUAAUAACUUACAACACUUAUUACAAGACAAAGAAAAGGUAAUUACUCAAAUAAGCGAAGACAGUAAAAGUUUGCAUGUGAAUUUAGAAACAAUCCAAAAUAAAAUGCGAGAAGGUGGUAACGUGUUUGAUUUAAAAAAGCGACUACAUGAAGAACAACAGUUAAAUGCAGUUUUGACGGAACAAUUAAAUUUGUUAAAAAUCCAAAGUAAAAAUUCUGAAAGAGAGGAUAUGGUUGUUUCUAUAGAAGAGAUAACUGGUCAAGUUCAAAAGCAGCUUAACUAUUCUGCCUUACUCGAUUCAAAUAUAAUAAGUGCUUUAAGCAACGAUGACAGACAGUCUCAUUUAAAUGAUGCAGACUACUUCAAAGAUUCGCUGAUUCUUCAAAAGGAAAUUAAUAAAAGACUACAACUUGAAAAAGAACAACUACAAGAGAAAUUAUCUGCAUUAGAAGAAAAUUAUCAACUUAAAAAAGAUUAUGUUGAUAAAUUGGAGUUUCUUUUUGAAAAAGAAAAACGAGAAUUUAAUUGCAUGCAGCUGGAAAAUGCUGGAAUUCUAGAACAGAUGCGUUUACAAUUGGAAACUGCAUUAAAAAAUGAAAUGGAAUUUGAAGAGUUGCUUCAAAAAGAGAGAAUAAGCCAUAAAGAAACUGAAAAUCAAUUAGCUAUAUUGAAAGUCAGAUUGACAAAUUCUAACAUAAGUGAUAAUUCAAAAACAGAGUAUAAAUCGUUACCUUCUGCUCAAUUUCCUGAAUUAAUUAUGCUUCGGAAUUCAUUGGAAUCUUUAGAAAAAGAAAACCAAAUGCUAAAAGUUGAUUUAAAAGCAGCCAAAAAAGAACGUAGUGAAACUAUUACAAAUUUAAAAUAUUUAAAGGAAAUGUUACAAUUUAAAAAUAACGAAAUAGAAAAACUUGAACAAAAAAUAUUUGAGAUAAAAAGAAAUCACGAUCAACUUGAAAAAGAAUAUAUUCAAACUAAGGCAAAUCUCAAUCAAAGAAGCACCGAAAUUGAAAAUAGUAGGAUUCUAAUAAACGAAUUAGAAGGUGAUGGGCGUGUGAUGAAGAAACAAAUAGAAGAUUUGCAUGAGAAGUUACGAGUAGCCGAAGAAUUAAAAAUCGUACCAGACAAAUUCCUGAAAAAAAUAGAUAAACUGAAACAUGAAGUUAGACAACAAGUCAAAGACAACAAGUUAAUGACUGAAACUUUGUCCAAGCUGGCCAAUGAAAGACAACAAUUACAACUGAAAGUCAAUGAACUGGAAGCUUGUUCUAAUAUGCCUUUCACUGAUCUUGCGGCACGAGCUAAUCAUCUCUUUGCACGAUACUUGAAAUCUGAGAGCAACAAGAAAGCUCUUGUUUGGCAAAAACGGUACCUGAUUUCUCUGCUUGCUACAUAUCAAGAUUUCCGCCUUACAACUACGUUGCCUUCAUCUACCUUUGAAAUGAAAAUUAACAAAUCUAAGCAUACAAACACAAAACGUUUCAAAAUAUUAGCCAUCUCAGUUAUAGUAGUUAUUCGUAUGCAGUAUUUGGUCCGUCGCUGGCAGUCGGGGAAACGUUUUGGCGCCCAUUUACCUUCAUCCCGUAAAUAUGAUAUCCCAUUUAAUAAACUGCCUACGCAUUUUCAAACUGACCAGUUUGAAUCGCAUGAUCAAGUUAAUCAUUCUGCUUUUAUAUUUCAACAGUCAAAUAGUAACCCGGAGGCACAAAGUAUUCAUAUCGAAAAUCCGGUAGAUUGUCCAAAUACCAAUACUUGGUUAGCAGUUUCACCUAGUAUUAGAAAGAAGAAUUUGGACGCAGAUCAUAAUGGCGGGAACUGUUCCUGUCCUCCUGGUUCACCAAAUUUCAUAUUAACCCAAUACCUUGAGAGAUUUGACCAAAUACAAAAAAGAUUAGCCAUCGCCGCAGAAGACAAUAUCGUUUGAUUUGACAAAAAGGCGAUCAUCUUCGUUACCUAUUAAUCUAGUCUAUAUAUUUUUAUACACAAUUUUUUCUGGAUUGGACUUAUUUGUAUAUACAUAUAUACCUCUAGUAUAGGACUUAAUUGUUUAAAAAAAAUUGAUUACACAAAUUGACUGCUGCUCAUGUGUUACAAAGAAUACAUAAACAAAUGAUUUUUGUAAGAAUAUGUGCCUUGUUAAAUUUUAUCUCAUCGAUAAUUACUUUAGUGCCAUUUAGUAGUUACGCAUAUAACACGAAUUUGUACUCCCGGUUAGUUAUUUAAAUAAAAGUUUAUUUCUUGA